AUGGCUGCUCAAGACCCGUCGCUGCUGCUACAGGACUUGCUGUCGCCUGCUUCUCCCUCUCUCGAUCCACGCCAACUCGCCCGCCUCGUCUCAUACCACCUCUCGACCCUCCCGCUCGCACGCCCCCACCUCGCCUUCAUCUCGCUCAUCGCGCGCUACACAGCUCUCAGUCCAGCGAUUUGGGACUCGCCAGACUUGUCAGGAUGGGACAAACACCAGCUUGUGUACGAGGCAGUCAGGCAGGGAGUCUUGUUGCGGCUCGACGGGGUUGCCCGGCCGCCAACCCCCGAGGAGCCGGUUGCGUCCACUUCCAAGCGCGCGAAGGACAGCGGCGGGUGGAGCGCGCGUCGGACAGUACAGACGUUCGUAGCCGAGCUUUUCGCGGGUGUCUGGGCGGACUCGAGCGCGGCGCACGAGCAGGAGGAGGGCGUGAGGCCGCUUGCGAGGCUCACGCUUUGUUCGGGCGCAUUGGCGGCACUGCAGGAGUGGAAGAGGAGGAAGGAGAAGCUGUGGGUCGGAGGCGCGGGCGGGCUUGGGAGGGCGGAGAAGGAGACGGGAAGGGCUUGGGCGGAAUGGGUGCAGCGAGGCGGCAAGGGCACGGCUGACGAAGCGCUCGCGAAAAUGUUGGCUUGGCUCGCUGCGCAGACCAUCCCGUUCGUCCACCCAGAAAUGCUGGCUGCAGAUUGGCCUACCGCCGCUCUCCUCAACCACCUCUCCGACUCCUUCUCGGCCGUCUUCGCAGGCGGAUACGCCUUCUCUACCCCUCCUCUUUCCGCCGACCUCGCAGAAACCGCCGACGGACUCGCAUGGAACACGCCGUCACCGUCGCAUACGCACGUCACGGCUCUCACCCAAGCACCGCUCUUCGUCAACCUCGGACCGUUGUCGCGCGCGAUCGGCCGGACACUUGAAGCGACCGCCUUGACGGCCCGGUCGAGCGACACCUCCGUCGCCCAAUCGUCACUCGCAGCGUUCCACCGUCUCUCAACGACACUUCUAUCCGUCGCCUGCUCGCUCUCAGACGGCUGGUCUGCCACGCUUUGGUCCGAUAUCACCGACGACUCGUCCCUCUCGCCCUCGACCCGUUCCGAGACCGCUCCCUGGACCCUCCUCAAGUCACUCCUCUUCGCCCAAACACUCGUCUACUCAUCCCUCCUCGAAGUCGUCACCUCCUCCUCCGCCUCAGAGGCCGGCGAACCCACCCAAGUCCAGCGCCAACUCGCGAGUGACGCCGUCCGCGCACUGGGCAAGACGUACUUUGUUGCGCUCAAGUUUGGUCAGGGAGGGUUUAAGGCUUGGAGGGCGGUGUUGGCGGGACUGGUGGAGGUCGUUGCGGCGCCGAGCGCUGGUUCGACGGCCGAACGGAACGGGAAGAAACCCGUCACGCAGGCAGAGACACUUGUGCGGUCGCUACAGGUCGCGAAGGGUACAGGUGAGGGCGGGCGGCAUGUGCGGGCGGUCGAGAGGGCUGAAGCGACGUUCUGGCUCAACACGGCGGAGCAGGUGAUGGGCGAGCUCGGCGACGAUUACGUCGAGGAGACUGUGCUUCCAGGUUGCAGACCAUACCUGGACGACGUGACUUUCCGCGACACCUUCGAGGCCGCACAUUCCGUCAUGCUCGCCGUCUUCUCGAACACUAAGCGAUGCGUCACAGAGGUCGCGCCGUGGUACACCACCCUACUGCUGAAGAUCUACCCUAGCCUGCUCUCGCCAACUCAACUCCGCUUCGCCUUCUCGACGACUGUCGGCGCAGUCUCGAGUACGGAUGACGCGCUCGCGUGGUGGUGCGUUGAGGAGCUGCUCGCCCGCCUCGACGCCCUGCCCGCCUCGACCGAAGGGCCCGCCUCGGAAGCAAAGCCGAUGCCUGUACCCUCAACCGACGACCUCGCCAAAGCCGGAGACACUCCACCGGCAACCGAGGAGAACACCGUCACGCCCCUCGAGACCCGCGCCAUGACGCUUCCCCGCGGCGCUUACCUCCUCACCCUCAUCGCCCUCCUCCCCUCCGUCAACCUCGUCCUCUUCUCCCCACUUCUCUCGCACAUUCAGCGCCUGGUCCGCCAAGAACCUGUCAACAGCGACGGGAGGAACGCGCUCGUCGAGGCGACGUUUGAGCAGCUUGGCGCGGGUAUGGAUGCGGUCAAGAGGAAAGAGGCGACGGAGUGGUGGUUGCGACGAGGCAGGGCACUCGUCUCGGGAGGAGCGCUGCACCAGGAUGCCGACAUGCGGGGGCUUGAAGGACUCGGAGAAGCUGGGGAGACGGAGAGACUGGAGGAUGUUGAGGAAGUCGGAGACGCAUCGGCGGCGAAGCUGUAG